ACUCGAACACCCACCCACCUGUCCACCACCACCGCCAUUGAUAUAAGUGCGAUGCGAGUGCACUUCAUUUCACUUUCUCCGCGUUUCAUCACUAAUAUUAAUAUCCACUCUUACUUCCGAACAACCACUUUUCAUCUCUCCACCACUUCUAUCAUGUCUUACCGCCCUAAUUCUCAAGGCGGCCGUCGCGGCGGCAACCGCGGGGGAGGUCGCGGCGGCGGUGGUGGUCGUGGAGGCGGCGGUGGUCGCGGCGGAGGCGGAAGAGGCGAGCAACGAUGGUGGGACCCUGUUUGGCGUGCUGAGCGGCUUAAACAGAUGCAAGGAGAGGUUGAGGUUUUCGAUAAGAACCACUGGUGGGGAAAAAUGGAAGAAAUGAAGAGGGGAGGAGAUGUGGAGUUGGUAAUAAAGCAUUUCUUUAGUAGAAAUGAUCAACAGACUGUUUCUGAUAUGGCAUAUCAGCUAGGCCUUUAUUUCCAUGCAUAUAACAAAGGCAAGGCACUUGUGGUGAGCAAAGUUCCGUUACCAAAUUACCGAGCGGAUCUUGAUGAGCGUCACGGAUCUGCACAAAAAGAGAUACAUAUGUCAUCAGAAACUGAGAGAAGAGUUGAGAAUCUGUUGGAUAGUUCAACAGGGACCCAAAAGGCUGACAGUAUUUCUAGUACAUCUAUUCAGAGUGCUAAAAAAUCACCCCAAGAGUCGGAUAAGGCAGCUGGCGUAUCCGUUACGGAGACGGAUAGUGUCAAGAAGGCACUUAGUGUUGAACUCAAAGAAAGACAGGAUAAACAGAAGGAGUCCGAUAUUGUUAAGGCAAUGUGUUCGUUCAGAGAAAAGCUUCCUGCAUACAAAAUGAAAUCCGAGUUCUUAAAAGCCGUUGCUGCAAACCAGGUAUUAGUGGUUUCUGGCGAAACAGGGUGUGGUAAAACCACACAGCUUCCUCAGUUUAUUUUAGAGGAAGAAAUAUCGUCUUUACGUGGGUCCCACUGUAAUAUUAUAUGUACACAACCCCGCCGUAUAUCUGCAAUAUCUGUUGCUGCUCGAAUAUCCAAUGAAAGGGGGGAAAGCCUUGGUGAGACUGUCGGUUAUCAGAUCCGUCUGGAAUCAAAACGAUCCGAGCAAACAAGAUUACUGUUCUGCACAACAGGAGUGUUGCUUCGAAAACUGGUUCAAGACCCGAGUUUGACAGGAAUCAGUCAUUUGUUGGUUGACGAAAUUCACGAAAGAGGAAUGAAUGAGGAUUUUCUUUUAAUUAUUUUACGUGAUCUUCUCCCCAAGCGUCCCGAUUUGCGGUUAAUAUUAAUGAGUGCUACUAUUAACGCUGACUUAUUCUCCAAAUACUUCGCAAAUGCUCCAACUAUUCAUAUCCCGGGUUUGACUUUUCCUGUGCAAGAACUGUUUUUGGAAGACGUGCUGGAGAAGACCCGUUAUGUAGUGAAAUCGGAGUCUGAUAAUUAUCAGGGUUAUUCAAGGAGGAGGAGAAGACAACAGGAGUCCAAAACUGAUCCUAUAACGGAGAAAUUUGAGGAUGCUGACAUCGGUUCGGUAUACAGAAGCUACAGUGCAAGUACUAGACAGUCACUUGAAGCUUGGUCUGGUUCAGAAAUAGACUUGGGCCUUGUAGAAGCAACAAUUGAGUACAUAUGUCGUCACGAAGGUCCAGGGGCAAUUCUGGUAUUUCUUACAGGAUGGGAUGAAAUUUCAAAGCUGCUUGACAAUGUGAAAACCAACAAUUUUAUCAGUGAUCCUACAAAAUUUCUAGUCCUUCCUCUUCAUGGUUCAAUGCCUACUAUCAACCAACGUGAAAUUUUCGACCGCCCUCCUUCAGGCAUGAGGAAAAUUGUGUUAGCGACAAAUAUCGCUGAGAGUAGUAUAACCAUCGAUGAUGUGGUUUAUGUAAUUGACUGUGGAAAAGCUAAGGAGACUAGUUAUGACGCUUUAAACAAACUCGCAUGUCUGCUACCAUCAUGGAUAUCACAAGCUUCAGCACAUCAGAGACGCGGUCGUGCCGGUCGAGUACAGCCUGGAGUAUGUUACAGAUUAUAUCCAAAAAUGGUCCAUGAUGCAAUGCUCCAAUAUCAGCUACCGGAAAUUCUUAGAACACCUUUGCAAGAACUGUGCUUGCAGAUAAAAAGCUUGCAACUUGGAGCCAUUGGGUCCUUCCUCGCUAAGGCGCUUCAGCCCCCCGAUGCACUCUCCGUCCAAAACGCUGUUGAACUUCUUAAGACCAUCGGGGCUCUAGAUGAUGCAGAAGAGCUCACUCCACUUGGACGGCAUUUGUGCACUCUGCCAGUGGAGCCAAAUAUCGGAAAAAUGCUUCUUAUGGGGUCGAUUUUCCAAUGUGUUAAUCCGGCGUUAACAAUUGCUGCUGCUCUUGCAUCUCGCAGUCCAUUUGUUCUUCCAAUUAACCGGAAAGAGGAAGCUGAUGAAGCAAAAAGAUUCUUUGCUGGUGAUUCAUGCAGUGACCACAUAGCCCUUCUUAAAGCAUUCGAAGGGUGGAAGGAAGCGAAAAAGUCCGGAAAUGAAAAAUCAUUUUGUUGGGAGAAUUUCUUGUCGGUUCAAACGUUAAAAAUGAUCAGCGACAUGCGGCUUCAGUUUCUUGAUCUCUUGUCUGAUAUUGGCUUUGUAGAUAAGUCAAAGGGUGCAAAUGUUUAUAACCAAUACAGUGAUGACAUGGAAAUGGUAUGUGCAAUACUAUGUGCCGGGCUCUACCCGAAUGUGGCUCAAUGCAAAAGAAGAGGAAAACGAACAGCACUGUACACCAAAGAAGUCGGAAAAGUUGAUAUUCAUCCUGCAUCGGUGAACGCAGGUGUCCAUAUUUUCCCUCUUCCGUAUUUGGUAUAUAGUGAAAAGGUGAAAACCAGCAGCGUAUACAUUCGGGACGCCACAAAUAUAUCAGAUUAUGCUUUGCUAAUGUUUGGUGGUAAUCUAAUUCCAAGCAAAAGCGGAGAUGGCAUUGAGAUGCUCGAUGGGUAUCUUCAGUUUUCUGCAUCCAAGAGUGUGUUGGGAUUGAUAAAGAAACUAAGAGGUGAAGUAGAUAGAUUAUUGAAAAGGAAGAUUGAAGACCCUAAGCUCGAUGUUAAUGUUGAAGGAAAAGGAGUUGUUGCAGCUCUUGUUGAGUUGCUCCACAACCAAAAUGUCCAUUACUAAACACCUUUUUUUAUAUUUAUAAUCAGCAUAGGAUCUUCAUAUACAGAUUAAUGUAUCAAGGAUCUAUGGCUCUUAUUUAGCAGUCUUCUCUUUUUGUUGAAUAAAGAUAAACAUUACUUGCUAGAUGUUCUAUUCUUAUUGGUUUGAUGGGAUU